CUGGGAAGUUCGCACUGAUAAAUGUGGGAAAAACUUGUUUGAUUCUGCAGCAAUUUUCAAAUUUCAAAAUCACAAUAUUCUAAUUGGUUGCAAUGGAAAUCUUGUGGAAGCAAGGAUUUUUACAAUAGAUACAAUGUUUAUAGACACUAAGCUUUCAUUGGAUGUCAGGAGAAUCCUGGAGGAUUUUCUGAGAAAUAUCACUAUAGAUAUUUACCCUACAGCUCUUUUUCAAGUCGGAUAUCGAUGUAAAGUCCUCGCAAAAUUUUGUGACUCAAGCGAUUCUUGCUUUCUCACUGAAGAGCAGUUGUGUGAGAGUAAUCAUCAAGAGUGUCCACAAUGUUCAAAGAUGAAUCCACACAGUAUUCAAGCCGAUAGAAUACUAGAAUAUUGGGUAAGCGUUUGAAUAGAUUUUAGUAGUUACGUAAUGGCCAAAUCCAGUCAAUUUGGUAACAGCAGGAAAUGCUCUUUGAUUGGCGUCAUGGGAGUGACAUAUGCAUUGAUUUUAGUAUUGCUUUCAGCAAAAACCCAUGGAUAUUCUUAUCGUUUUAAUGUCUACUCUGUUAGCGAAUGUCCCACGAAUGCAACGACAUUUCAGAGAGCCUCAGAUAGGAUGAACUGCUCUGGGACUUCAAGAUAUUUAUGUGCCCCUGAUAAUGCACUUUCCAAUCUGAUAGAAUUUUGCACGGACCAUCCAAGAGUAUCGCUUUACGGACCAGACAACUGUGUUAGACUUGAAGGCACUGGUGAUCUGAAUCAUUAUAGAUGUUCAAACACAUUCCUCUAUGGCUGUCCAGACAAGCCAUACUAUGAUAAUGAAAUUUAUACCAAUCCCGCUUGUUUGACUAUCAAUACUGCCUUUCAUUGUUUUGUGGCUGAGAGAGAUUGUCCGAAGGGACUACCAAUUACGACAGAAACUGUUACGGAGAAAAAUGUCAAUGUUACAACAAAGAUACACAAGAAAGUAAAUGAUUUCAACGUUGCGAUAAUCAUCGUCACAGCGUCAUUAAUUUCCUGCAUUGCUCUCGUCGUUCUGAUCCUCCUCUUGUAUCUUAAACGAAAAAAGAAGAAAGGAUUUAAAAGAAGAACAGUAAUAGAUAAAGCUGAUCUAAGGCGUUAUCUAAGCAAGGAGUAUGUGACGGUUUACCAUGCUAGAUGCAUCAUACUUGGCUGUGGUGGAGCAGGAAAAUCAACUCUUUUAUCGAGACUUCAAGACAAACCAUAUAAAGAGAUUAAGAACAUAGAAAGAACGCAGGGGAUAGAUGUCCAUGUUAAUAUCUUCGAAGUGCUGGAGGAGACUAUACAACGUGCCUCUCAUAAAAGGAAAGAAACACCUGAAAUGCCAAACAUUGUAUUUUCUGAGAAAGACGUUACAGGGCAUGUGGAGGACGAUAUAUGCCGUUAUCAACGCACGAGAAAUACCGCAGACGAUGAAAUAAAUGAUAGUGAAGAAAACACGACCCUUAUGAGAAGUAUCGACAAUUGCAGGGACGCAGAAGCAUCAUUUAGAAGAAAGAAAGAUGAUAAUUCAGUUGUACAUUCCAUGGAUCAACGUCAAGAGAGUACAACUGUUGAUAUACAAGAUAACGAAGCUGGGACUGGUGGAAAUGUUAAAAAGAAUGAACACGUUGACACGAAAGAGGAAGACAAAGAGAACGUGGUGAAAGAAAUCGUCGAUGCUAUUACACAUCUUGUAAAAGAAAAACCAGGGAAACCGCGAAUUACAUUUCUGGAUUUUGCUGGACAAGGCGAUUACUACGCAUUUCACCAAAUCUAUUUGAGCCCUAAAACAUUUUACAUCUUAGUUGUGGAUAUGUCAAAAAACUUUGAUGAUAAAAAUGAAUUGGAUGAAAGAUCUGGAAGCAGAUUUACAUCAUGGAAAUAUAAAGAUUACUACAAGUUCUGGUUGAAAUCUAUCGACAGCUUUAGUGACACCCGAACCCCAGUUAUUGUAGUAGGAACCCAUGCGGAAGGAAAAACACCAAAGGAAUGCAAAAAAUUCUUUAAAGAUUUUUACGACAUAUUUAACGGUAGAGAAGAUCUUCAACGACACUUACACUCAGACAGACGAUUCAGCAUCAAAUUUCCUGCUAAGGGAUCACAAUUAGAGAACUUAAGUGAAAUAAAAACAUGCAUUUCAAAACUUGUCCAAGGUCUUCCAUACUGGGGAGAGACCAUGCGAUCAUCAUGGGCAAUAUUUGAGCAAAUCAUACAAAGAGAAAAAACAUCGAAGAGAAGAAAAAUUAUUUCACUUGCAGAACUACUAGAGUGGAAUCUGGCCUUGGAAGAGGAGUUUAGAAUAGAGGAAGAAGAAAUUACAACUAUGUUGUUAUUUUUGCAUAGAGUCGGUGCUCUUUUGUUCAUUGAUGAGGGUAUCUUACGAAACACUAUUAUUCUUGAUGUGCAGUGGUUUGUGGAAGCGUUUGAAUGCAUUAUUACUUAUUCUGUGAGUAUGGCUGAACCAACCGAUCAAACAACCAAACGCUUUCAUGAAACUGGGGAAUUAAAAGAUACGGAACUUGACGCAAUAUGGAGAGCAGACCCAGGGCAUGACUUUAUCAACAAUAAAGACAAACUUAUCACUUUUAUGGAGCAACUGGGAUUGCUUGCAGUUUGCGAUUCUGACAGCCCGUCUACUGCAGAAAAUGGAACUUGGUACUAUUUUCCAAGCAUGAACCGACGUACAUUUGACCGAGAAGGAAUCAAAAAGCACAAAAGUUCUUCCAUUUUGUGCUUUCAGUUUGAUGCAAAAGGACAACUUCCUAUUUUCCUCUUUUAUCAUCUGGUUUUGAAAUGCUUCAAACUGCCAGGCUGGUCAAUAUUAACAGAAGGGGACCAAAGAUGUAUAUACGACAGAGUCGCAUGUUUUUGUUUUCAGAAGCACAUCGUUGUUAUAUGCAUGUGCAAAUUUGAAAUUCAGGUCCAAGUAUUCGUUCCAACUGACACCAUCGAUCCUACCACCCUUAAAAAAGUUCAAAUGUCACUUGAAGAUAAGAUUCAAGAAGUAAAAGAAUUUACGAAGCAUACCUACUUGGUUGGUUAUAAAUGCCAAAAUGGUGUUCUGAAUGACGAAAACGACAACUCAUUUAUCGAACAGAAAUCAUUUCCUGUUGAUGGAGUUUUGUGCGAGAAGUGUAGCGUUGGCGAAAAACACUACGUCGACAACAGCAUCUGUUGGAUCAAGCAAGAAGCUGAAAAUUCAGACACUACACGGACUUUCAUAGCAAAUAAAGAAGUAACAGAUGAAGGAUCAACGUCGUGGAGAGACAUUUUGGACGCUUGCUUAGAUGGAAAUACUGAAAGCUUUUUCUUUCACCUGCAGAAUGCAUUUGAUGAUCGAAAACAUUUAUUAAAGAAAGUAGAUAGAGAUGGAUGGAAUGCACUGCAUUUUGCGGCGAAAGGUGGAAAUCUAAAAAUUUUUGAAGCUCUGCUAUCGAAAGAUCUAAAUAUUUUUCAAAAGACAAAUGAUGGGAUGACAAUUUUACAUAUUGCUGCACAAAAUGCCCAGUACAACAUUUGCCAAAAUGUUUUAGAAAAUUCUAAUUUUAAACCAGUUUUAAAAGAAACAUCGUCACAAGGCAAAAAUGCUUGCCAUUAUGCUGCAGAAGGUGGAUGCAUCAAAGUUCUCAAAUUGUUAGCGGCAAAUGGUAUCGAUGUGACAGCGACAACGAAUGAUAAGCAAAAUAUCUUCCAUAUUGCUUGUAUUUAUGAUAAAUUGGACAUGUGCCAAUAUAUUGCCAGUAACCAUGAUAGUCUCAUUCGUAGAGAAUGUAAUGAGAAAUGGAAUGCAACAUUAUUCGCUGCCAAAGUAGGGAGCACAAACAUUUUGAAAUUUCUUCACAUGAGGGGGUUUAGUUUUGUACAUAAGUCAGAGAGCGACCGAAAUGUGUUACACAUCGCUUGCGACAAUGGGCAUUUAGAUUCUUGUAAAUAUAUCACGGAGGUUUGUCCAGCUUUGCUUAAUGACGUUGAUCACAAAGGAAGACAUGCUGGACACUUUGCUGCAAGGAACGGGAAUAUCGAAAUAAUGAAAUAUCUUGUGUCACAAAACGCAGAGGUGACCAAAAACACUAACACGGGAAUGAACAUUCUACAUAUGGCCUGUUUACAUGAGCACAUAGGCAUGUGCAAAUAUCUUUUGGAAAAUUUUACGGAUCUGAAUCUCAAGAAGACUGAAAGGGGAUGGACAACUGUGCAUUUCCUCGCUGGAAAGGGCAAAAAUAAAGGGAAUGAAAUCGAACUAUUUGGCAUGAUCACAAAAGAUAAUGUAGAAAUCAAUGCGCUCACCAAAAAAGGAAAUUCGGUUCUUACUCUUGCGAUAAAACACAACCUCCAUGAGUUUUGUGAAUUCCUCUUUCAAAAUCACCCCCACCUUCUGGAAAUUCCAAACGCAAUUCACCCAUUGAGUAUAGAAAUAAAAGACGGAAAAAUGGCUUCAAUGGUUGCAAAAUAUAUGAAAGAGCGGACAUCAGCGGAUUAAUAUAUAGUGUAUACACAUUAUGUGUAUUGUCUCUUUCAGAAUGUUAUGUUGAUUUACGUCUUAUUCGAGAAGAUAAGGAACAUAGAUUUUACAUGAUGCAAAACUGAUACGGUACCAAUUUUAAUGCACCAGAUGCGCAUUUCGACAAAUAAUGUCUCUUCAGUGAUGCUCAACCGAAAUGUUUGAAAUCCGUUUGAAAUGAUGUACAUUAACCAUGUGUAGGAAAGAUAUAUUGCAACAGUGUAUUUGUGGGUUCUCCCCUCUAAUUUGCAAUACACGGAAUAUCAUAUAAAAGUCAUAUAAAACCUGUAGACAUAUGCUGUGUGUGCGUGUGUGUAUUUCAUUAUUAUUAUUAUUUUAAUACGCCCUGAAACUGGUGUUUAUUCUUAUCUAGCAUAUUUAUGGUAUCUUGUGUUUUCAUGUUUUAUAUGUACAAUCAGGAUAGGUACAGCUUUUAAUAUUUUAUUUAUUUUCUAUGUAUUAUGUGUAUAACAUUCUGUUGUAAGGUAUAUAUGCAUUGUAAAGCACCUUUGAGCGUACAUUAUGUAUGAAAAGGGUGUUAUAAAAAUAUGGUAUUAUUAUUAUUAUUAUUGUUUUAGAUUGUUUCAUAUGUUAUUAGGGUAAUCAUAUCAUUACAUGAGGCGCUAUAUAUCAAUAAUGAUAAUAAUGCAUUUUAAUCUGACGCUAUGAAUAUUUUAUUCACAUGUAUGUGUACAUCGAUUUUAUAUUAUCUGUUCUUUCACAUUUGUAGAGCGCUUUAGAGAACUAAUGUUGAUAGGGCGCUAUAGAAAUCUUUUAAUUACAAUUACAAUGUUACGAUCGUCGUUAUGUUCAUCAACAUACUGGUUACAUUUAGUGCUAGCGCGGGAAGCUUCAGACAUAAUAGGUUAUUAAUGAAGACCACUAGAUCAGGUUUCUUCAAUAGGUUUUAAAACAUAGUCCUUGGGGAUAGUUUGUUGUGUUUUGUCAUUGUAAUGGCAAAGUAUCAUUCCAAGCAAACAAUUGAAAAUGGAGGCUGUUCCACACAACCACGAUUAAAUAAUCUACUUCCAGCAGCCAGCUAAUUCUGAUAUCACUCCUUUCUGUUAUGAUAUCGAGCUAUUGAGUUUAGAGAUAAAAAUAAUGUUUUAAGUUCAACGUUUAAUUUUCAACAUUUCGAUACUAUUGGAAGUAAGUCUUGAACCUGGUAAUAUCUUACUUUCAUGCCUGUUGAAGGAUAUCCAUUAAACAAAUAAUAGGAUGUAUUUGCCACAAAAAUAAGGUGAUACAGUUUCCAAAUUAUCGGACACUGUCACCUUUGUUUAUUUGUUUUAAAGUUUGAUCCCAACCUAAGCACUGUCAAUGAAUAAUUUAAUUGCUAAGUCAUUGUGUAUAUUAGAACAUUUUGACCCAAUGUUUUCAAAAUAAAUUUCAAAACUUCCUCGUGUCUCUAUUUCAUGGAAUGAUUCACCAGAUUAUUUUGAAAACUGUACAACUUUAACUGGCUAUAAAUCUGAUUAUUUAAGACAAUAUUUUGACUGCAAAAACGAUUUGUAGUAUUAUUUUUUCCCAUUUUUGCUUAUUUUUAUUUUAUUUGUGCGAUUGCGUUUUUUAAUUAUGUUACUGUUUAAUGAUGUAUCUAUUACUUGUCAUUCUGUGUAUUACUGUUUUCUGUAAACAAUAUCUGUUAGUUAAUAGUUUAUGAAAGGAUCACAAUGUAAACCAGUUCAUGUAACUAAUUGUGCAAUCCUUUAUAGAUAAUAGAUACUGCUGUUAUUAUCAUUAGUAUCAUUAAUAAAACAAUAGUUCAUGU